AUGGCUUGGGUCCCCGAACAUGAGAAGGAUCCCGGAUGGCAAUUUCUCCGUCGAUCGCGCGAGGAGAUGAUGGCGGAACAAUCAAAGCCAUACGACUCGAAGAAGGACGUUUGGGUGCCCGAUGCGGAGGAUGGAUAUGUUACUGCUCAAAUCACUGGCACUAAGGGAGACUCCGUUGUGGUCACCACUUGCAAAGGAAACGAGAUGACCCUCAAGAAAGAGCUCGUCCAAGAGAUGAAUCCACCAAAAUUCGAAAAAACUGAGGACAUGUCCAACUUGUCUUUCCUCAACGACGCCUCUGUGCUUCAUAACUUGAGGGCUCGCUACGCAUCGAUGCUCAUCUACACCUACUCUGGACUCUUCUGCGUUGUCAUCAACCCCUACAAGCGUCUUCCCAUCUACACCGAUACCGUGGCCGUAAUCAACUGGCUCGAGAAGAACAAGGAUCCCCUCAACGACUCUGUCGUCGGUGUGAUGAAAGCCGGAAGCAAUGCUCUUUUGAAAACCAUCUGGGACGACUAUCAGACCCAAGAGGAGGCCGCUAAUGCCGCCAAGGAUGGUGGUGGCGCAAAGAAGAAGGGUAAAUCUGGUUCUAUGAUGACCGUGUCUAUGCUUUACCGUGAGUCUCUGAACAAGUUGAUGACUAUGCUUCACAAGACUCAUCCUCAUUUCAUCCGUUGUAUCAUCCCCAACGAGAAGAAACAAUCUGGAGUGCUUGACGCGGCUCUUGUCAUGAACCAAUUGACAUGUAACGGUGUGCUUGAGGGUAUCCGUAUUUGCCGUAAAGGUUUCCCCAAUCGUACCCAACAUCCCGACUUUGUGCAACGUUAUGCCAUCCUUGCCGCCUCUGCUGCCAAGUCGGACUCUGACCCGAAGAAGUGCGCUGAGGCUAUUCUCAGUGCCGUUGUCAACGAUGGAGGAUUGACUGAGGAGAAUUUCCGUGUUGGUAAAACCAAGGUUUUCUUCAAGGCCGGUAUCCUGGCCCAUCUUGAGGAUCUUCGUGACGACAAACUUGGUGCUGUCUUCACCGGACUCCAGGCUGCCAUCCGCUUGUACCUCGGAAAGGCUGAUGGACGUCGCCGUAUGUUCCAACGCCAAGGAUUCCUCGUCCUUCACCGCAACAUCCGUACUUGGACUGUUGUUCGCACUUGGGACUGGUAUCUUCUCUUCGGAAAGAUCCGUCCUAUGCUCAAGUGUGGAAAGGAGGGAGAAGAGGUCGAGAAACUCGCCGCCAAGAUCAAGGAACAAGAGGCUCGCCUCCCAGGAGAAGAGAAACUCCGUCAACAAGUCGAAGAGCAAAAUGCGAAACUGUUGGAGGAGAAGAAUUCGGUCUUUGGAGAGCUUGAGGAGGCGAAGACCUCGUUGAGCACGCUUGAGGAGAAGAUGGCCAGACUCUCUGGACUUGCUCAAGAUGCUACCAAGCAACUCGCUGAGUUGAACGAUCAACUCGCCGAGCAAGAGGACCGCAACAGUGACGUGCAACGCGCCAAGAAGAAGGUCGAGAACGAGUUGGAGAACAUCCGCAAACAGAUCGCUUCCCUUGAGGAGAACCUUUCCAAGGUCGAGUCCGAGAAACAAACCAAGGAUCAACAAAUUCGAACUCUUCAAGAUGAAAUGGCCAAUCAAGAUGAGGCCAUCGCUAGACUCAACAAAGAGAAGAAGUCUCAAGAAGAGGCCAACCGAAAAUUGGUUGAAGAUCUUCAAGGAGAAGAGGACAAGAACAACAUGACCUCGAAGACCAAACAAAAGUUGGAGCGAGCUUUGGAUGACCUUGAGGAUGCGCUUGAGCGUGAGAAGCGCGGACGAUCCGAGAUCGAGAAGCAGAAGAGAAAGAUUGAGGGAGAGCUCACUGUUGCUAGUGAGAAGAUUGAGGAGAUUGCUCGAGUGCGCACUGAUUUGGAGGGCAACUUGAAGAAGAAGGAGGCUGAGCAUGGAGCCAUCGCUGGAAAACUCGAAGAAGAGCAAUCCUUGGUCUCCAAGCUUCAGCGCCAGAUCAAAGACAGCCAAGCGCGAAUCUCGGAGUUGGAGGAUGAGGUCGAGUCUGAGCGCCAAAACCGUGCCAAGGCUGACCGAGCCAAGGGAGACCUUCAGCGUGAGCUUGACAACCUCAAUGAUCGUCUUGAUGAAGCUGGUGGCAUGACUGCUGCUCAAAUCGAGAUCAAUAAGAAGCGUGAAGCUGAGCUUGCCAAGCUCCGUCAUCAAUUGGAUGAGCUCAACCAGAAUCAUGAGAACCAAUUGGCUUCUCUUCGCAAAAAGAACACCGACUCUGUGUCUGAGUUGACUGAUCAACUCGAUCAAGCUCAAAAGGCUAAGGCUAAGGCUGAGAAAGAUCGUGCAUCUGCUCUCCACGAUUGUGAAUCGAUUCAAGGAGAGAUCGACUCCGAGACUUCGGCCAAAUUGCACAACGAGAAACUCGCCAAGCAAUUCGAGCUUCAAGUUCAAGAGCUUCAAUCGAAGGCUGAUGAGCAAUAUCGCCAAUUGGCUGAGCUUGGAUCGUUGAAGGGACGACUCACUGGAGCAAACGGUGACCUCAACAAACAACUUGAGGAUGCCGAGUCUCAACUCAAUCAGAUCACAAGAUCAAAGGCGCAACUUGUAAGCCAACUUGAGGAGGCCAAGAGAACUUUGGACGAAGAGGCUCGUGAGAGACAACAGUACGCUGCUCAAGCCAGCAACUACCAACAUGAAGCUGAUGCCCUUCGUGAGUCGAUCGAGGAGGAGAUUGAGGCCAAGGCUGAACUCCUUCGUCAGCUCUCUAAAACUAAUGCCGAGAUUCAAGUCUGGAAAUCGAAGUACGAGGGAGAGGAGCUCGUCAAGGCUGACGAGCUUGAUGAGGUCCGUCGCCGUCAACAACAGAAGAUCAACGACCUCCAAGCUGUCCUUGAUGCCAACAACUCGAAGAUCUCCUCACUUGAGAAAACCAAAUCUCGACUUGCCUCUGACCUUGAUGAGGCUCAAGCCGAUGUCGAGCGUGCCAACAAUUAUGUGAAUGGAUUGGAAAAGAAACAGAAAGGAUUCGACAAAGUGAUCGAUGAUUGGAGACGCAAGACUGAUGACCUCACCACUGAUCUUGAGGCGGCUCAACGUGACGCUCGAAACGCUGCCACCGAUCUCCUUCGUGCUCGCACCGCUCAGGAUGAGUUGAACUCGGUUGCUGACGAGCUUCGUCGCGAGAAUGGAGCCCUUACUCAAGAGAUUCGCGAUCUCCAGGCUCAACUCGCUGACGGAGGACGAUCUGUGCAAGAGAUGCAACGCAUUGUGCGCACACUUGAGCUCGAGAAAGAGGAGCUUCAGCAUGCUGUCGACGAGGCUGAGGCCGCUUUGGAAGCUGAGGAGAGCAAAGUUCUUCGUGCUCAAGUUGAGGUCACGCAAAUCCGUGCAGAGAUUGAGAAACGAAUUCAAGAGAAGGAGGAAGAGUUCGAGAACACUCGCAAGAACCACCAACGCGCUAUGGAGAGCAUGCAAGCCUCGUUGGAGAACGAGCAAAAGGCUAAGGGAGAGCUCGUCCGCAUCAAGAAGAAGCUCGAGUCGGACAUCACUGAGCUCGAGUUGGCUCUUGAUCACGCCAACCAGGCGAAUGCUGAAGCUCUGCGCAACUUGAAGAAGACUCAAGACCAGAUCGCCGAGUUGCAGAAACAAGUUGAAGAGGAGCAACGCGCUCGUGACGACAUCCGCGAGCAAUACUUUACCGCUGAAAAGCGCGCCACUCUUUUGCAAUCCGAGAAGGAAGAGCUCGCCGUUGCUCACGAUUCGGCUGUUCGCGCUCGCAAACAGGCUGAAUCUGAAGCCAACGAGGCCCGAAACCAAGCCAACGAAUUCUCCGCUCAAGCCAACACCCUAUCUGCCGCCAAGAGAAAGUUGGAGGGAGAGAUCCAAGCUCUUCACGCUGACUUGGAUGAGACUCUCUCCGAGUACCGCAGCGCUCAAGAGAACAGCAACCGAGCCAUUGCUGAUGCCACCCGUCUUGCUGAUGCCCUUCGCCAAGAACAAGAUCACUCUGGAAACACUGAUCGUUCCAAGAAAGCCCUCGAGCAACAGCUCAAGGACUUCCAAGUUCGCUUGGAUGAGGCCGAAGCUGCCGCCCUUAAGGGAGGAAAGAAGGUGAUUCAACAACUCGAGAAACGCGCGCGUGACCUUGAGAACGAGCUCGAGGGAGAGCAACGCCGCUUCCAAGCCGCUAACAAGGAUCUCCAGAAGAACGAGCGCAAGGGCAAGGAACUUGAUUUCCAGAUCGGAGAGGACAAGAAGAAUUUCGAUCGUCUCAACGAGUUGGUCGAGAAACUCCAGAACAAGCUCAAAGGACAGAAGCGACAGAUUGAUGAGGCUGAAGAACAAGCCAAUCUACACCUGCAGAAGUAUCGCCAAGUGCAACACCAAUUGGAGGACGCUGAGGAGCGUGCCGACUCGGCCGAGAACUCGCUUUCCAAGAUGCGUGCCAAGUCUCGCACCGCUUCAGUUGCCCCAGGACUUCAGGGAUCCGCCUCGGUGGCUGUCAUGCGUGCUCCAAGCCGUUCCAACUUC